AUGCAGCUCCGUGUCUACACUUCCCUCGCCAUCUUCGCCGCCACUGCCAUGGCUGCUUCGGCCUCUACCUCUACCUCUGCCGCUGCCGCUGCCUCGACUGCCGUCGACCUUACUGCUGGUGUCCCUCAGUGCGGUAUUGCCUGCGUCACAUCCGCCGUCGGCGCAUCCGGCUGCUCUGCCAAUGACCCCGUCUGCCUCUGCACAACCGGCUCCAAGGCCUUCCUCGCUGCCGGCACCACCUGCCUUCUCCAGAACUCUGAUUGCUCGGCCGAAGACCUCCAGAGCAUCCAGAGCCUCGCCAAGCAGCGUUGCGGCACUCUUCUCGCCAGCACCGGUGCCUCUGCUUCCGGCUCUGCUGCUGCUGCCGUUUCUGCCUCUGCCACCAAGGCUGCCUCGUCGGCUUCUAGCACUCCUUCUACUGGCGCUGCUGUCCAGGUCGGUGCCAGCAUCAUGGCUGUCGGUGCCGGUGCUCUUGCCUUCAUCCUGUAA